CGUCUCCUAGUGCGCGACGCCGAGCAAGGUUGGAGAGAGGGACUUUCCCGUUUUGUUUUCAGUUUCCUUUUCUUGUAAGUCCCGUGAUGCUCAGCAAGGCGUGGGUUGGACUGCGUGGAUUUGCUGUCCGUGAAUGCGCGCUCUCCGAUCUGGGGUGCGCGGCCGAGCCUGGGGCUCCUGGUGUUCGUCCUGGGACUUAAGGCUUGAAGCGCCUUCAUCCACAGCCCUGGCUUUGCACAUUGGCCCCAGAGUCGCUGAGUGACUGGGCUAACGGUGCCCCAGCCUGGCCUGCGGUUUGCAUUCGAGAAAACGGAAGCCCAGAAAGAUUAAGAGUGUGGAACGGUCCCUGGCAGAACUAGAACUUCGGUUUUUAAGUACAACCCGGGAAUACACUGCAUGGUUUCCCGAUUGUCUGGGCAAGAAAACUAGUCCCAGGAGCCGCGAGGCCUCCCGAGCACAGCUCAGAGAACCGUCCAGAGCGAACUAGAACCUUUCUUCUUGACUUCCUUCAGGGGAAAAUUUCUUUUUGGAAAGUUCUGUGCCAAGAAGUUCCUCCCUGUAUCCUCGUUUUUGUUUAGGUGAUUUGCUUUGUUCUGUUGAUCUGUGGGAGAAAGAAAAGGACCACUAAUAGUAAAAGCAGCAACUGUUUGCUCAGAGCUUUAAAAGCUCCCACAACCCUUCAGGUCCAUAAUUCCCUCAGAGUUACCACCCUAGAACAGCGCCUGGCGCAUCGUAGGUACUCCGCCGCUGAAUGGAUGAGUGGAUACAGGAAUAAACUCUACGAGGUGAGCGUUACGCCGUUCAUUUUAUGGAUAGGGAAAACAGAAGCUGAGAGAGUAGGAUUGAGACACUGGCCUGAUUGCAUUGGUCAUUCCUGCUUUAGACACCAGAAGGCAAAGGGCUCCAUAAUUUCGGGGAGAGUUUGGAUUGCAUCAGACGUGGGCCCAGCCAAGAAAGUUAAACCCACUGACUCUAAGAGCGUGACAAUGACAGGCAGACUCACUAAGAAAACCUACACCCUAAAGACAUCAUAAAUAAGGUGCUGCCAUUUCGUGGCCGCCAAAUCCACGGAUCUCUCCUGAGUGGAACGGGCUCUGAGGACAAUUGCCAUUGCCACCUGGGGAUUCUCUGCCAACCUGGGUGAGUCUACCUCUUCCAGCCUGAGGUCACCCAGCAGAAUGGGCGACAAGAAUGGGCACUGCCGCUCCUGCCCCCUUCACCCUCCUGGACAGAGACUUCUACCAGCCCAGAUCCCUGAUGGCCUCGCUGGAAAUCAAUUGGCAAAGUUUUAAGUAGAGCAAGAUAGGACAUGGAUUUCCAUCUUGCCUCUCCGGAAAGUAAAACUUUGGUUUUUAGACAGAGAAAAUCAGAUUGAGUAAAAUGAUGGAGAUGGAAGCUGGUGGCUACACUUUCUGCUUUGACAAUGCGUUCAGUGCUACUUUAGAAAGGAGUCCCUCAUCAGUUGGAGCUAGGUGGCGGACUUAAACACACGUGACCCAGUGAAGGGGAGCAUCACCAGGUGGACUUGAGGCAGCCUCAAGUGUGCUGCCCUGAAGCACCAGGAACUUGGUUGCUAGGCAUCCUCUUCAGGGGCCACCCAGGCCUUUCCUAUCCAGUUUUCCUAGAGCAAAACCUAGGGAUUAAAUGAAAUGCAACUUCACAACGUUCCUGUGAAAGGUUCCUAUACUUCUACCAGGACCCAGUGGAUGGAGGAUGCUGGUCCUUUAACAAGUUUAUCUUCCAGAGGCUGACAAGGCUCUCUCACUGGAAGAUGCAGCCAAGGAGGAAGUCCGCCAGCCUGCCAAGAUGAAAUGCCUUGAAGGCCCACACUUAAACCAAAGGCUGGGCAAGACCUGCCACCCCCUGGCUCCCAAGGAGGAGCUGGUGUCUGCCUCCCAAUUGGAGGAAGAGGAAGAGAAUGAAGAGGAGGAUCUGGAUCCCGACCCAGAGGAGGAGGAGGAAGAGAAUGAUCUUGGGGAUCCAACUAUAUUUAGCACUGUCCCUAACACCCAGAGAGGUCUGCUCGGCUCCCCUGGAGUCAAGGACCAUGGUGUGCUGGGGAUGUCAUCUGCCUCCUUGCAUUUUCUGUGGCAGACCCUGGACUACCUGUCACCAAUCCCUUUCUGGCCUACAUUUCCCAGUGCUGGCUCCCCAGCACAGCACUUUGGACCUCGACUGCCCUCACCAGACCCAUCGAUCUUUUGUAGCCUGCCGACCUCGUGGCCCCCUAGGUUCAGUCUUCCCAGUCACCUGACCCAGCUCCACCCUGAGCACCAACGGAUCCUGCAGCAACAGCAGCACAGUCGAACACGAAGUCCCCCAGCCAAGAAGCCUUGGUCUCAGCAGCCAGACCCCUAUGCUAACCUCAUGACCCAAAAACAGAAGGACUGGGUGAUAAAAGUGCAGAUGGUUCAGCUGCAGAGUGAGAACCCUCACCUGGAUGACUACUACUACCAGGAAUAUUAUCAGAAGCUAGAGAAGAAGCAGACAGAUGAAGAGCUACUUGGACGAAAGAACAAGGUUGAGUUCCUCAAGCUGGUAACACCUUACAUUCAGAAGGCAGAGGCUUAUGAGUCAGGUAGAGCCAGGGCUGAUCUGCUUACUUGGGUUGGGCAUCUGGGUGGACGAAAGGUGGAAAGAAGAGGGGAACAUGUCUCUGACUCCUUUCAUGCAGUGGUUCGGAUUGAGGGUUCCCUGGGCCAGGUAGCUGUAUCGACAUGUUUUAGCCCUCGCCGAGCUAUUGAUGCUGUACCCCAUGGAACUCAAGAGCAGGAUACUGGAACUGCAAGUAGCCAGAGGCUUCGGGUGUUAUAUCGGAUUGAGAAGGUGAGAUAUCAGUUCUUUGGGGAUGAGUUUCCUAAUUUACCUUGGAGAACGGGAUGUUGCUCCAAUUUACUUUUUCCAUCCUCAAAUUCCCAGAUGUUCCUUCAGUUACUAGAGAUAGAGGAGAGCCAGAAGGCUGGGCCUCCACAGCCCCACUUGUCCAAGCCACAUAGCAACCAGGUUGAGCAGCUAUUCCAGGCCUUAAAGACCCAGGAGCAGAACAACCUUGAGGAGGCAGCAGAUGGCUUCCUGCAGGUACUCUCUGUGAGGAAGGGGAAGGCCCUGGUGGCCCGGCUGGUCCCCUUCCUGUCCCAGGAUCAGGCUGUUAGCCUUCUUCUGGCUAUCAUGCACCACCUGCCCCUCCUGGUACGAAGGGACGUGGCUGACCAGGCCCUACACAUGUUGUUCAAACCUCUGGGCAAAUGCAUCAGUCACUUGACCUUCGAUGAACUCCUCCAAGGACUUCAGGGUCUACUGCUGCUACCACCUGGCUCCUCAGAGAGGCCAGUUGCUGUUGUGCUUCAAAAUCAGUUUGGAAUAUCUUUGCUCUAUGCCCUGCUGAGUCAUGGGGAGCAGCUGAUAUCCCUGGAUUCUUCCCUAGAGGAACCAAACAGUGACCAUACAGCUUGGACAAAUACGGUGGUUUUGAUUGCCUGGGAGAUAGCCCAAAUGCCUACAGCCUGUCUGGCAGAACCCCUAAACUUCCCUAGCAACUUACUUCCCCUGUUCUGUCACCAUGUGGACAAACAAUUGAUUCAGCAGCUAGAGGCCAAGAUGGAGCUUGCCUGGAUCUACUGAUCUGUUUGUUCUGGAAUAUGCAAAAGUGCGAAGUUUAAUUAUCAGGCACUAGCUGUAUGAGCUGUGUCUACCGGGAUCCAGAAAGUCUGAAGACACUUCUUAUGCCUUGAUACAUUGGAGGACCCUACCCCAAACAUUUUCAUAUCCUCCAAAAAUCUAAAUGAUGUGCCUAAAAAUAAGGCAUUGCAUAAUGUAUAAUUAAAGAGAUAACAGAAUGA